GCGAACGGAUAACAAUAAUAUUAUUAACUGCUGAAGUGUCGACGACGACGCAUAAUAACAUGUUGGACGGCUAUACAGUGGUGACAAUCACGGCAGGCCUUUGUUUGUCGAUCGUCGUUGGGACCGUUUGCGACAACGCCGAAAUGAUGACCGCCUUGGGUCCAACGGUCACUAAGCCGCAACAAACUGCCGGAAAUUUCAGUGGCAACUUGAUAAGGAGUCCACGGUUUGUGGUGGUCAACGGUGACGGUGUGCCCGACUACGACGGCGCGGAAGACGAUGACGACCAUGUCGUGUACGACUACGACGAUGGUGGUGGCAGUGGGGGCGAUCACGACCACGACCACGGCUACGACCACGACUAUCACGACAUCGGGCAUGAUGAUGACGACGACGAUGACGAUUUCGACCACGACCACGGUAGCGGUCCCGGUUACCACCAUCACGUAUGGUGGCACCACUACUACCAUCACGGCGAACCGCACCUACCGUUUCCACUGUUCCCGCCCAUCUUCGUGCACAGGCGACCAAGUUACCGCCGGUGCGAUCAGUGGCCAUUCGAGUGCAGGAGCACUUACGAAAUGAUCCAGUGGCUCCAAUGUUAUCACGAGUUUUUGGCCGGAUCUGGAAUCCACGACGAGGUCGGCCUCCACGGGCUGGUCGGGGUGCCCACACACGCAUGGAAGAAGUAACGUCAGGGUGGUGUCGAGUGCCAGGACUUCGCGGGUGAUCAAAGCGGAAAAUCGCUAUUUUUACGAAUAUCGUUCAUCGUACGGUUAUUUUUAUCCCCGUUCCACAAUGUUUACCCGUACUGGCAUACUGAUAGACGGAUCUAUUUUCAGAGACUGUCGGACCUUUUGUGUUUUCUUCCGUUCUGGUUCCGGUAUUAGAUUAUUUCAUUAAAAGAUUCAGGUUCCAGUUCUGGUUUUUGAAAAAUCUAAAUUACGGUUUAAGGUCAAAACUGAUGUUUAAUGGUUCCAAAUAAAUAUUUUUUUUUAUAUACGUCUCUGUAGUAUCGGUUUAAUUUUUUACACAUAGGCACAUACAGUAACUAUAUAUAAUAAUAUUAUAUCAAAAUAUAAUAUCAAAUUAAUCAGCCAUUUAGAUUUUAAGAUAUCACAAUAAGAAAUGAUCGACUUAUAUAUAAACUAAUAACGUAAUUUAACUAAGCACUCCUUUACUCGAAAAAAUUAUCACGGAGGUAAAACCAAAAUGAAAAUCACCUGUUCCAUUAGGGGUUUUAGGGAUGCACGAUCGAUUCUUUUCGGUUCAACUUUACCGGUCUUUAUUAUCCUGCAAUAAGUCGCUAUAAGUAAUAAUAUAAUUAAAAUGCUAUAACGGAACGUAUUUUUGUCAGUCCUCGGCCGUAAAUUGUCGAAUUUUCGUCUCUCCAUGCCACCGCAGUCACCGUGAAAUCGAAUCGUCACGGCUAAUUUUCAUUAGCUGGUCAGGUAAGAAUUUAAUUGUUAUUUUCAUAACGUUCGUCCAAUGUCAAGAUCACGUAUUUAACUGUUCAAUAAAGACGAAUUAAUUUUAAAAGCAACGGCGCGGUACAAAGACGAUUUACCGAUUAGGAUUGAGCGUGCAAAUCAUUAUAAUUGUUGCGGAAACGGGAAAGGACGACGUUAAUAAUAUUAUCGUAGGUACACGUGUACGGACGGAAACGGGAAUUUCCUUAAAUUCAUAAAAUAAAAAAAAGAUUUUAAAACCGUUUACGAGUAUUAUAUUAAUUAAAAAAAGCUAAAGUAAAAAAUUAGUCCGUUUUUCUCAACUCGUGGAAUUCAUUAAACUUGGUUGGUACAACCGCUUAUGUUGCGUAUAUAUGUAUUAUAAUAUGCGUGUGUGUAAACCGCACGUGUUAUUUUAAUUUAAACAUUGUUGUAUUACACUCAAAUAAUUUUAAACCUAACCUAAGAAAUAUGUAUGUUUCAUUUCACAAACGGACACUGUAAAUAAAUAGUUUGACGAAGCAUAAACUCGUAAUUUAUUAUAAUAAUUUUAAGUAGAUAUUACAUUUUAAAACGGUUCAUAUGGUUAAAAACUGGCUAUAUUGGUAAAAAUAAAUGUUAUUAAUUUGUAGUUAUA